AUGCAUGUAAGAAAUAUUGUUAUUAUAAGACAUGAUGAUGAAUUAGAAAGAAUAUUUGAAUUAUAUAGUGCAUAUAAUUCUUUAGCAUAUUCUUUGUUAUUUCCAUGUAGAGAAUAUAUCUCUAAAACCUCUAAAGCUGAAACAAGUGAUAUCUCUAAUAUUGACUUUAAUACUUUAUUAGAAAGAGAAUUACAAAGUAAAACAGGAUUAACAAGUGUUUUAAAAUUUGCAACUAUUAGGAAUUCAUCAAGUAUGGUGAGUCUUGAUGAUGAAAAUAUUGAUAUAGGUGAUAAAAAAUAUUUGGAAAGUAGAUCUUCUAUAAAGCAAGAGAAAAAAAGAGCUAGAGAAGAAACAGAAGAAUCUGAGAUUAUAUUAGAACUUUUAUUAAAGCAAAAAUCUGCCAAUAGGCAAGAUUUGGUUACAAGGGUUUUUAAAUUAAAAUUAAAUGCAAUAAUUAAUGAUUUAGUUGUAAAAGAUAUAUUGGGAAAAGUUAUUGCAAAUACAUAUAUAGUUGAGUUUCAAAAAAAAGAGUUACCACAUGCUUAUAUAUUACUUAUAUUG